AUGAAAUUCAGCAGCCUUGAUAAGGNAAGUGGGUUUGUUGCAGCAUCUGGGUCGCACGCAGCGAACAACGACGGAGGGUCUGACCACCGUCAACAGACUCACACUCCCCAAUCCCCAUCCUCAGCUUCUUCCGCCUCAGCGCCGCCAGGGGAGUCCUCUACAGAAGAGAGCUGCAAAGGGUUAUGCGCUUGUUGGCUCUGUUUGGAGCUUGUAGCUGUUUGGGACAGUAUCAAAGAGAGAGAGAAGAACCUCUGUGCUGCCAUUUUCAUCGCGCCCGAACAAGCUAUCCAAAGCCUCAACAAUCUGUUUCAACUGCUUGAAAAUAUCUUCCUUUUCUUCUUGAUAGCAGCCGGUUCGAGAAGUGCCGCCGUCGGCCAUUCCGAAUUUCGACUUCUUUCGAAUUCGGUUGGCGAAAUAGAAUUGGAAGCGGUUGUGAGAUUGUUUUGGAUGCGCAUGCGUUUCCAGCUAAGCAACUUGGAGCAACUAUGUGAAUACCGAGGAUCGUUUGUUGUCGUGCGGCGUAUUUCUCAGAGGCCUCGAUCGAGGAAGCGCAUGCCAUUCUACUUCUGGUAUAUUCCUUUUCCUUUUGGGAUCGUUUCUGAGUGCGUUAUCUUUAUGGAGGUUGUGGCAGGGUCUGCUGCAUGGCUAGGCAAAAGCCUUGAGUGUGUUUGUGUUCAAGGAAGAGACUGUGAUUCCCGCCCAUCAUUUGAUUUGACACCAGCUUUGAGGGCUUUGUGGCAUGCUGCCUUUCCUGGAGAGGAAUUCCGUGGAUUAAAAUCAAAACAGUGGAAGGAAAUGGGUUGGCAGGGAAAAGAUCGAUCGACAGAUUUUAGGUAUGCAUAA